UAAUAACCGCAAAAAACAAAAAAAAAGCAACAACAAAAACAACAUCUACAAGAAAAAAGCAAUGGAACGCGAAUCAAAUCCGAUGCAACCUAUGUGCCGCUCUGGUUGCGGUUUUUAUGGUAAUCCAGCUACAGAUGGUUUAUGCUCAGUUUGCUACAAGGAUUCCUUGAGAAAAAAGCAACAACCACCUGUUGGCAGCACACCUGUUUCAGUUCCAAGCCCACAACCAAGUCCCACAUUUAGUCCAGCCAUUACAAUACCUUCAGCAGCACAGCCAACAGUACAGAGUUUACAACAGCAACACAAUGAAAUUAAAGAGGUAAAAAUAAAUGAAGAAAACACAGCCAAAACUAGCAGCGAACCAGCCGCAACCGCCGGUCCAUCAACUUCCACAGAACCAGCCGAAGAUGAUAAAGACAAGGAAGACGACAAAGAUUCUAAAAAGAAAAAGAAUCGUUGCGCUGAAUGUCGCAAAAAAGUUGGCUUGACAGGUUUCCUUUGCAGAUGUGGCGGUUUAUAUUGUGCUGUCCAUCGAUACAGCGAUAAGCACAAUUGUACAUUUGAUUAUCGGGAACAUGGAGCCCAAGAAAUUAGACGCAAUAAUCCGGUAGUAGUUGGCGAAAAAAUACAAAAAAUUUGAACUUUUGUGCCAUCAACAUUAAACAACUUUAUAAUAAUAUAAUCUUAUACAUAAAUCUAUAUAUAAAUAUAAAAAACAACUUAUAAAUAUUAAAUAUAAA